GCCUUCGUCGGCUAGUUUUGGUAGAGAAAUUGGUAGAGUUGCGAGACAUCUGUUUUGUCGGGAAACAUUUUCUUAGAGUAUACACGCAAGGAUCCUGGAUAUAUCACUGAAACUUGCAAAGGAGACCAUUUCAGAUAUACCGAACCUUGGUUGUGCCUUCCAGAGCCCACUCGAUCCAGUAGCGUGGAAUAUCGGACACAUUCGAUUCAGAUUCGUCCUACAAACUUGAGAAUAGUGGCAUGACACCUCGGUGACUUUUAACAGUGUACAUCUAUCUCUUUAGGAUAUCUGAUGCACUAUGACAGCCACACCUUCUAUGGCGAAUUGUUCAGAUAUGGAGUAUGGGGAUUGUACUAAUUACACCGAAGUCAACAUGAAUACAACCGAAAUGACUCGGCCCUUCAUCCCUGCUGCUAUAAACUGGCCACGGAUCACAAUACUCUCCUGUGUCAUGAUUUUCGGCAUUUUAGCCAAUGGAUCGCUUAUUUUCAUCGUCCUGAAGAACAGCUUUCUUCGGAAGACGCAAAAUAUUCUAUUCGUCAAUCUCAUGGUCGGGGAUCUCGUGUGUCUGCUUAUCAAUGUCCCUUUUGUAAUCGAGUACGAAUUAAUGCAGGGUAACACGAAUGUGAGGGGCGAUUUCAUGUGCAAAUUCACGACCGCCUCAUUGAUCAUGAGCGCAUGCGUCGUGGUGUACUCGUUGGUGGCGCUGUCCAUUGAGCGCUACCAGAAAAUCGCCGAUCCAUUCAACCGUUGCGGAGAAACUUGCUGCUCGGGUGCUUUUCGAAGAUGUUCAAUACACUCAAAUGGAUUGAUUAUCGCUGCAAUAUGGAUCUGCUCCUUCAUCGUGGCAGCUCCCGUAAUAGUUUUGGCCGAGUACAAAAUAAAUGGUUGUAAAUGGAUCGCUCACCAUACGGAUACAGCCAAAAUAUACAAGGUCUUUCGCGCCGUGACGACGUUUAUAAUACCUUUUAUCAUGAUUGUAACGGUCCACAUUAUCAUAGCAUGUACACUUUUAAAAAGUAUCCGAGAUCCUGUCGUAAGGAAUUCUGAAUUAAACCGCUCUUUGAACGGCAGUGGUCGUCAGAACAGGCGACGGAGCCCCCGAAUCCGAUCUCGUGUCAAGAUCGCUGUGGUGGUAACCGUUCUCUCGGCCAUGUUUUUUGUUGCCCAGUUGCCAGGAACCAUUGUCAACAUCUUGUUUGAGUUUAAAUCUAGUUUGAUUCAUUCACCAUCCUUCGUUGCAUUUUAUCGCUGGGCUCGGAUUCCGUUUUACGUUUUGUGUUGUUUUAACCCGAUUAUGAUGUACAUCUUGAGCUCGCGUUUCAGAAAACAACUUAUACUUGAUUGCUACUUCCCAUCUGGACUCCUGGUCAAAUAUUCCAGCACCUCCACCCACUCCAGAAUCCUCUUUUUCUUCAUCUUUAUCUCUAUCACCUCCAUCUACAUCAGAUUCCUUGUCAUUUAA